CAUCUUUUUCCUUAAACCUAUGUUCAUUGGGAAACAUAACACACUCAAAGGACAGGGUGCAGGUCAACAGCUUAUAAAUUGAUCUGCUACCAAACCAACAACCAGGCAGCAGCAGAGAACCAGGCCAGCCCCCGGCAGCCUCCCUCAGGUCCCUACUUGAUCACCACCCCUGCCCUCCCCAAAAUCACCCCAUUCCUGACUUUUAUGGUCAUUGCUUCCUUCUUUGUCCGUGUAGUUUUACCUCCUACAUAUUCAUUCCUAAACACUGUGGAUUUUCUUUGCCUGUUUCUGACCUUCACAUAUGUGGGUUUAUAUACAGUAUGUCUGCUUUUUGGUUUGCGUUUUUAAAAUGCAUUUCUACUGUAGGAGAUGUAGAUGCACACACAGAAAUGUUCAUGACAGAAUUGUUCAAAAACUGAAAGCCACCCAGGGGUGCAUCAGCAUAGAACAGAUAAUAAUCGUGGGGCACUCACACAGUGCAAUCCUAUUCAGCAAUAACAAUGAACAGACCAUAGCCACAGCAAUAGCAUGGAUGAGAUACUACCAGAAAUGCUGAGAUGAAUUUACAGAUAAAUGCAAAAUUGGCCCCUAUCCACAUGGCAGUUAUCAAAUGCAUCACCACCAGACACAAUUUCUUUUUCCAUGAACAAGAAUUAUCGCAACAUCAUCAGUCAUCCGUAAAUUAGCUCAGACAGUGAAAAGGGGGAGAUGGCCCCAAAGGGUGUGCUAGACAGGACACCCAAUAAAGGUUUUUUGGCCUAUUAAAGUCUUUUAUAAUUUCUCCUUAUAGAUCCUCAGUGUAGAAUUUGAGGCUCCUCUGUUUUCCCCUCUUCUGCCUUCUCUCUGCAUCCUUUCCUGAGCCCUCCACUCAGACUAAAGUGAACUUUCCUGAAGGCUCCGGGAACAGGUUGGCCCCUCCUAACCCCACAAUCCUCACUUCCUUCUGUUUCUGUAUAGUCCCUCACACCCUCUCUGCCUGGCCGUGGACCCAGGAAACCUCCUUAUGCUCAUACUCUCAGUGCCUUUGGCUUCAAACCGCACCACACCCCAUGCCCACCGCCAUCUUUAUCAACCUGGAAGACCCUCCCAGCCUUUAAGACUCAGCUUAAAUGGUCCAAUCCUUGGGUUUCCCAUCACUUUUCUUAUACUCUUACUAAACAAUAAUAAAAAUUCACAGAGACUAUAUCUUAGACAUUUUUACCUCUACAGAAUUGAGCACAGUGCCUACUGUUGGGGAAAUAGAAUGAAAAACAAAAUCUCCAACCCAGAAAAAUCUCUCCAUGAAUAUGGUAGAGAAAGAAAACUCUUUCAUUACUGAAUAAGCAUUAAAUGUGAUGUGCAUCACAGGCAAUCCGCUAUGAGGUAGUAAAGACACAAAAAAUCUCACCCUGGUAUAUGACCAGAUACAACCCCUUACACACAUGUUCUCAAGAUACACAAUGACUGGUGCUCAAGUAAGGGAACCUGACAGUCACACACAGUUCAUCCCAAGUUUACCAUGGUCAUUGGGUUCAUCAUCUGUAUUAGUGGGUUGGCUUCAUCCAGAGGAGAAACAAACUUCUCAUCCCUUUAUUAUCAGAGGUGGUUGUGUAACUUGGAGCCAGGUUCCUGCCCAAGUCAGGCUCUUGCCCUCCCUCUGGGACUGGGAGCCUGGGCACCUCAAUAUCUGCAUCUCAAAGAGAUGGCUCCCGGCUCUGAAGCUGACAGAGGAAAUGAUCACAUUUUCUAAAGGAUAUGUAUCCACAUUUCAAAGAGGAAAGAAGGUGCUCACCAUGCCCACCAUCUCCCCUGAAUCAAGUUUAGAAGACUUUGAGUAUGAUGAGCUUGCAGAAGCCUGUGAUAUGGGGGACAUCGUGGCCUUGGGAACUGUCUUCCUGGCCAUACUCUACUCCCUUGUCUUUGCCUUUGGCCUGGUGGGAAAUUUGCUGGUGGUGUUUGCCCUCACCAACAGCCAGAAGCCCAAGAGCAUCACUGACGUUUACCUCCUGAACCUGGCCUUUUCUGAUCUGCUCUUUGUGGCCACCUUGCCCUUCUGGACUCACUAUCUUAUAAACGAGCAAGGCCUUCAUAACGCCAUGUGCAAACUCACCACCGCCUUCUUCUUCAUCGGGUUUUUUGGAGGCAUAUUCUUCAUCACCAUCAUCAGCAUCGACAGGUACUUGGCCAUUGUCCUGGCCGCCAACUCCAUGAACAACCGGACUGUGCAGCAUGGUGUCACCAUCAGCCUUGGCGUCUGGGCAGCCGCCAUCUUGGUGGCUGCACCCCAGUUCAUGUUCACCAAACAGAAAGAAAACGAAUGCCUUGGUGACUACCCCGAGGUCCUACAGGAAAUCUGGCCUGUGCUCCGCAACGUAGAAAUAAAUUUUCUUGGCUUCCUGCUCCCCCUGCUUAUUAUGAGUUACUGUUACUUCAGAAUCAUGCGAACACUUUUUUCCUGCAAAAACCAAAAGAAAGCUAAAGCCAUUAGGCUGAUCUUUCUUGUGGUCAUCAUGUUUUUCCUCUUCUGGACACCUUACAACGUCAUGAUUUUCUUAGAGACACUCAACCUCUAUGAUUUCUUUCCCAACUGUGACAUGAAGAGGGAUCUGAGGUUGGCCCUCAGUGUGACCGAGACAGUUGCAUUUACCCACUGUUGCCUUAAUCCCCUUAUCUAUGCAUUUGCUGGAGAGAAGUUCAGAAGAUACCUUUACCACCUGUACAGGAAAUGCCUGGCUGUCCUGUGUGGCCAUCCCGUCCACGUCAGUUUCUCCCUGUCCCCGUCUGAAUCACAAAGGAGCAGGCGAGAAAGUGUUCUGAGCAGCAAUUUCACUCAUUACACCAGUGACGGAAAUACAUCCAUCCUCCUCUGAAAGCCUUGUCUCUCCAGCAAGCCUGGAGUUUCUGAGACUGACACUGAAUAAUUAGGACAGAUUUUUAAAUUUCUUACAUGCAAGAAACAAUGGGCCUGAUGCCCAAAAGCAAUCCUGAAAGUAUUUUUUAGAAUUGUGCUCAAAAUCUGAAUGAUAAAGGAUAGUCAUGUUUCUUAUU